AUGGAUAUUUAUUGCUUUUCAUAUGUUCUACUGCUACUUGCAUCAGUUCAUGUGUACUCUUUGGACGCAAUUCAGCGAUGUGAAAUUAUUACUAUACCGCUUUGUAAAGGUAUAGGCUAUAACAUGACGAGGUAUCCUAACAGCUAUGGACACGAAAAGCAAGAGGAAGCUGGACUAGAAGUUCACCAGUUUUAUCCACUUGUUGAAGUUGGCUGUUACAAACAUCUUAAAUUUUUCCUUUGUGCAAUGUAUACUCCAAUAUGCCAAGAUAAUUACGAAAAAAUGGUGAUGCCUUGCAUGGAAGUUUGCCUGGAAGCCAAGAAACGUUGUAGUCCAUUAAUGCAACAAUAUGGCUUUAAAUGGCCAAAUACCCUUAGUUGCGACCAGUUGCCAAGGAUGAGUGAGCAGCAAACUUCGGGAAAUAUCUGCGCGGCCCCUCCAGAUACGCCUCACCCGAAUCUUUUUGAACCCACUAAUGUAAGCAAAUUCUAA